CUGGUUGGGAUUGGGCUCCUCCUCGUCCCAGUUGUGGUUGAUAUUUCGGUUGUCGGAGAUGCGGAAGGGCCUGUGCACCACCGAAGGGCGGAUGCGGUACAACCAGGUCCUUUUGUUCUCCGAUCGGGGCGCGGUGAACGCGGAGCCCGAGAGCUGCUCGGCGUAGAGGCCGUAGGCGCAUCGCUGGGGGCUGUUCUGGCCAACGGGGAGAGCGCCGGGCCGGCGGGGGUCCUCCGACGAGAAUUCCGAACCGAAGCCGCUUAAAUACUUGAAAAUUUGAAGAUUCAAUGGGGUUGAAAGUGGGUGAUUUGCGUGGAGUUACUUACCCGGAGACCUGACAUGGUCGGUGUUAAAAAUAAUAAUAUUUUCGAAUUGUUUCCACAUAUUGUGUUGAUUUACGUAAGAUGCAUUCUUAUCAGCGUGUUGGUAUUAAGAAACUUUGUGAAAGAUAAUAGAAAAAGCUGUUAUAAAAUUAACUCGUGAAAACAACAACAACGCAGGGCCGUUUUCGGGAGUUUGAAAUUUCGAUUUUGUUUUCAAUAAGGCUAGUACACCCCUGGAAAUGAGUUGCUUAGCAACCGCUGUUUGUAUUCACUUAACGAAGAUUUAUACACCAAAAAUGUCGUAUAGAGAUAUUCGCAAUUUGAUAGAAACGCUGCGGGUGCUGGGCUACCCGAAUCUGGUGUCGAUGGAGAGCUUCAGGUCGCCCAAUUUCCCUUUGACCGCCGAUUUGCUGGUGUGGCUGUCGAAGAGAUUCGACCCGGAUUUCGACGCGCCCGCCGACAUUUCCACGGAAGACGAGCGCGUGAAAUUGGUGCGAAACGUGGCGGAAUUCAUGGCGGUCAAAGUUAACGUCAGAUUGAACACGAAGAGACUGUACCAAGCCGACGGGUACUCGGUGAAAGAGCUGCUGAAGAUCACGAAGAUCCUCCACGAAGCUCUGUUGAGCAACCUCGAGCAGGACAACGACGACGAGUUCCUCGAGAAUAACGUGGAUUUGAGGGAUUUCGAUGUCGCUGAUAAGUUAAACGAAUUGAAAUUCUCGAGGCAAUUAGCUAACGAAAUAACGACCACCGGUUCGCACUUGUACGAUUUGCUCGGAAAAGAGGCGGACUUAAAGAUCGCCCGUCAACGAAGCAUAGCCAGGCAAUUCGAGUUGUCCGAAGUGGAAUCGGGCAUAAAAGAAGCCAUAAAAUCCAUCAAUCGAGAUAUAUCGGAAACGAAGCAACUCAUCGAUAACGUAGCGGCCACCGAGGCCACUCUGGACUCCAAAAUCGAGAAGAGAAACGUCGAAAUAAGUCGCUACGAGAAGCGAUUGCAAGCGCUCAAAAAAGUCAGGCCGGCGUUUUUGGAGGAAUUCACGGCGCUGGAAAAGGAACUGGAAGAGCUCUUCGUGCAGUACUCGCUGCGGCUGAGGUGCCUGCAUUCGUUGGAGAAGCAAUUCGCCGAAUCUGAGUCCACGCAAAUGGAGAAACAAAUCGAGCUGGGCUUGCCCCAAAUACCGACCAUACCGUUGGAGAAAAUCGACGAGACCGAUUUGUUUUUGGAGAAAAACGAGACCGGCGUGGACAGAAGCGGGGCGACUAACAGACACGAGAGACAGAAAGCCGCUACCGCAAGUCGAAGUAAGUUGGAGGAUACGGGCAAGGCGCCUGGUACUCUGCAGCCGCCGAUGUUCGGCAGCCAGUCGUCUCUGGAUCUCAGCUCGGACUCGGACGAUUUGUUCUUGGAUAAGGACGAGCCGGAGCUGAUGCAUUCGGACGAAUCUAUGACAUUGGAGUUGUCUUCGGUCGAUCGUAGGGCUCCUUCGGGGAGGCUGCAGAGCAGCAAAGUACAAGACAGCGACGAUGAUUUUUGAGAUGGGUUCGGCUGAGGAUUGAAUCGAAUAGAAUUAGAAUGGUAGUAAUGUAUUAAGUUUCCAUAAACGGUACAAAAAUAAAGGCAAUUAAAUAAAGUAUAGGAACAAUUCUAUUUGGACGUUAUCUCCUAGAACUUACAUUUGGAUUACUGCGUGCUGUAAUAGGUAGCUAGCAUUAACUUUUUUCGAAAUACAAAGACUUGAGAGGUAAAGAUUCGACUUCUCUUAUUGUGUUCAAUGAAAUAUCAACGAGUUUCUUGUGGACUUCUUCUAUUGAACCUGCUGCGUUAAUUUUCACCCAAUUAUCCUUAUCGCUGCAUAACGAGUUGUACAUGUUUGCCACGUUGUUUUGGAAGGACAUGUUUUCGUAUCUUUCAUUUCCGAAGCCCGGUCUAGUUAGCAUUUCUUCCAGGCUUAUUGUUAACAGAAACACGAGAUCCGGUUUCGGGAGACCGUUUUCCGGUUGUUUACACCAAUCCAAGUUCAUUA